CAUCUGCCAGAGGUUUGAUGUUGCUGUCCCGGCAAAGACGACGGUGGCAGCGCGCUGCUGGGGCUCCCUAGAUUUGUGGAAAAAUCUCUGAAGAAAUGGCCCUGUUGAAGUGUGGCUGGCUCUGGAGACAGAGCUCAAUUCUGAGACGCUGGAAGAGAAACUGGUUUGUCUUGUGGGUGGACGGCACCUUUGUCUACUACCACGAUGACAGCGGUCGCGAUAUGGCCGGCCGGAUCAACAUCAAGUUCAACUGCAGAGAGGUCAGGACGGGCCGCGAAUGCCGUGACAUUCAGCCUCCUGAAGGGAAAACCCGUGAGUGUCUGAUGUGCAUUGUGCAAAGAGACGGCUCCAAAAUCAUGCUCUGUGCUGAGAGUGAGGACGAUGCUGUAGCUUGGAAGACAGCGAUUCUGGAGGCCCAAGCAACCCAGCUUCAUCUGUAUGACCCCUAUGACGACUAUUACCAGACGGUGCCCCUCGACUCCCACCAGGCAAUGUACGUCAGCUCCAAUUACUAUGGCAACCAGUACGGAGCACCCGGGACAACCCACGUCAUUUUCCGCGAAGAUCCGUACCGUGUGUCCGGAGACCAGAUGGCCUUGGGUCUGCUGGCGGGAGCAGCAUCGGGGGCGGCGCUGGGCUCCCUCAUGUGGAUGCCCUGCUGGUUCUGAGUCCAGUUCUACCGUGGCCUCCACCCAAACCUAGCUGCUCAGCUAAGACACCCCCGCUAUUCCCCUGGAGAGGGAGGGAGCAAAGGGAAGCUGCUGUGUUUUGUGGAUCAGGGGUGGGCAGCAGCAGGAUCAAAGCCUCCUGGGACAUCUCUGCACAAUUUGCAGGAGAUCGACAGCUGUUUCUUAGUGCUAACUGUUUUGCAAUAGCAACAGCAGAAAGGCUUCCUCCCCCUUCUCUCAAGAAGGCCAUUUGUGUCUGUGAUCUCUAAUAACUCCGAUGCAGAUAGGCCCAGUGCAACAUGGGAUGCAGUAGGAGCCUGGCCACUCCCAUCCUCAGGCACCAUUUUUCAUUUAGGCGCACCUCCUGAGCUGCCAUUUCCCUUCCACUUGGGUACUAGUAAAAAGAUAAAAUAGCUCCCCAGUGGCCUGAAGUCUGCCCACACCUGUUGCAAUAUUCCCAUUCUGCACUCACUCACACACACAGCUCCCCUGCUAGCCAUUCCUUUGCUUGGUGACCCCCAGCUAGGCUUACUGAAAACUGGUCUUUGUGGAUUAUUGAACGUUGCUGUCAGCGUCAUUACCCUACUGCACAGAACACAGCCUGGCUGUCCCACCAUCAUCACCACCCUUGAUGGAGACCAGUGAAAAUACUGGAACGAUGACACUGGCGCGCAAGACUUGCCAAUAAUUUCCCUGCUCUGAAAAAAGCGCUUGCAGAAGGCGGCAGAUGGUACCAGAGGACUCCCACUAAGCACCAGAUGUGAAAGGUUUUUGAAGCGUUCUUUCCGGCAAGGCGCCCCUUCAUUUAAGGCCUCCAUAACAGGCAGAAAUUCAGCAGGUUGCUCUUUUCCUCAACAAUGGGGAGUGACUGCACCUGUUGAAUUACUGCUUGUUAAGGGCACAGAGCCCUGCUGGGUGGGAGAAAACAACCUUUCAGGAGCUUGUUGAGUUGGCUCUGCCUGUCCCAGUUCAUUCAGUGAAAGGAAGGCCUUUGAGCUGCUGGGGAUGUUGACUUCAACUGGUCCUUGUUUACUCCAUUUAAGAGAACAGCUUGGGUAGACACCAGUAGUGUAGUCGUCCAGGGUCUCAGGGGGUCUUAGACCCCUUACUUUUUUGGUACCAGGGUCCCACUGUCCCCAGUAUCCUAUGAGCCAAU